CAAGGAGGAGGGCCAGAGAUGGACGAAUACAUGGAGACGCUGAAGGAUGAGGAGGACGCCCUGUGGGAGAACGUGGAAUGCAACCGGCACAUGCUGAGCCGCUACAUCAACCCCGCCAAGCUCACCCCCUACCUGCGCCAGUGCAAGGUCAUCGAUGAGCAAGACGAAGAUGAAGUGCUCAGUGCUCCCAUGCUGCCAUCCAAGAUCAACCGGGCAGGCCGAUUGUUGGACAUUCUACAUACCAAGGGGCAACGGGGCUACGUGGUCUUCUUGGAGAGCCUGGAAUUUUACUACCCAGAACUGUACAAACUGGUGACUGGGAAGGAGCCCACACGGAGAUUCUCCACUAUUGUGGUGGAGGAGGGCCACGAGGGCCUCACGCACUUCCUGAUGAACGAAGUCAUCAAGCUGCAGCAGCAGAUGAAGGCCAAGGACCUGCAGCGGUGCGAGCUGCUGGCCAAGUCGCGACAGCUGGAAGAUGAAAAGAAACAGCUGACGCUGACGUGGGUGGAGCUGUCGACCUUCCAGGAGCGGUACUACAAGAUGAAGGAGGAGCGGGACGGCUACAACGACGAGCUGGUCAAGGUGAAAGACGACAACUACAACUUGGCCAUGCGCUAUGCCCAGCUCAGUGAAGAGAAAAACAUGGCAGUGAUGAGGAGCAGAGACCUCCAGCUUGAGAUCGAUCAACUAAAGCACCGAUUGAAUAAGAUGGAGGAGGAAUGCAAGCUGGAGAGAAAUCAGUCACUGAAACUGAAGAAUGACAUCGAGAAUCGGCCCAAGAAGGAGCAGGUUCUGGAACUGGAGCGGGAGAAUGAGAUGCUGAAGACCAAAAACCAGGAGCUGCAGUCCAUCAUACAGGCUGGGAAGCGCAGCCUGCCAGACUCGGACAAGGCCAUCCUGGACAUCCUGGAACAUGACCGUAAGGAGGCCCUGGAGGACCGGCAAGAGCUCGUCAACAAGAUCUACAACCUGCAGGAGGAGGUCCGCCAGGCAGAGGAGCUGCGAGACAAGUACCUGGAAGAGAAGGAAGACCUGGAGCUCAAGUGCUCGACCCUGGGAAAGGACUGUGAAAUGUACAAGCACCGCAUGAACACGGUCAUGCUGCAGCUGGAGGAGGUGGAGCGGGAGCGGGAUCAGGCCUUCCAUUCCCGAGACGAAGCGCAGACCCAGUACUCACAGUGCUUAAUCGAAAAGGACAAGUACAGGAAACAGAUCCGCGAGCUGGAGGAGAAGAAUGACGAGAUGAGGAUCGAGAUGGUGCGGCGGGAGGCCUGCAUCGUCAACCUUGAGAGCAAGCUCCGGCGCCUCUCCAAGGACAGCGGCAGCCUCGACCAGAGUCUGCCCAGGAACCUGCCAGUGACCAUCAUCUCUCAGAACUUUGGGGACGCCACCCCCAGGAUCAACGGUCAAGAAGCGGAUGAUUCUUCAACCUCAGAGGAGUCCCCCGAAGACAGCAAGUACUUCCCACCUUACCACCCGCCCAGGCGCAGGAUGAAUCUGAAGGGCAUCCAGGUGCUUGGAUGCGGAGGGGCCAUGGUGCAGGUGGCGCAGGUGCCUUGUCAGGCCACUGAGGGGCGGGAGGGACAGGCUCCAAUGAGGACAGUCAAGGGACACGAAGAAGAAGGCACAGACGCCAGCCCCAGCUCCUCCAAUUCUCUGCCUGUCACCAGCUCCUUCACAAAGAUGCAGCCCCACCGGAGCCGCAGUAGCAUCAUGUCAAUCACCGCCGAACCCCCAGGAAACGACUCCAUCGUCAGACGUUAUAAGGAAGACGCACCUCAUCGCAGCACAGUCGAAGAGGACAACGACAGUGGUGGGUUUGACGCCUUAGACCUGGAUGAUGACAGUCAUGAGCGCUACUCCUUUGGGCCCCCCUCCAUUCACUCCUCCUCCUCCUCCCACCAGUCUGAGGGUCUGGACGCCUAUGACCUGGAGCAGGUCAACCUCAUGUUUAGGAAGUUCUCUCUAGAAAGACCAUUCCGGCCCUCAGUCACAUCUGGGGGGCACGUGCGGGGUCCUGGGCCUUCAGUGCAGCAUACAACACUGAAUGGUGACAGCCUCAUCUCCCAGCUCACCCUGCUGGGGGGCAAUGCACGCGGAAGCUUCAUCCACUCAGUCAAGCCAGGCUCCCUGGCCGAGAAGGCGGGCCUCCAUGAGGGCCACCAGCUACUGCUGCUAGAAGGCUGCAUCAAAGGCGAGAGGCAGAGCGUCCCCUUGGAUACAUGCACAAAGGAGGAGGUGCACUGGACCAUCCAGAGGUGCAGCGGUCCCGUCACACUGCACUACAAGGUCAACCAGGAAGGGUACCGGAAACUGCUGAAGGACAUGGAGGAGGGCCUGAUCACAUCAGGGGACUCAUUCUACAUCCGGCUGAACCUGAACAUCUCCAGCCAGCUGGACGCCUGCUCCAUGUCCCUGAAGUGUGAUGAUGUCGUGCAUGUUCGUGACACCAUGUACCAGGACAGGCACGAGUGGCUGUGUGCACGGGUCGACCCUUUCAUGGACCAUGACCUGGACAUGGGCACAAUUCCCAGCUACAGUAGAGCCCAGCAGCUCCUCCUGGUCAAGCUGCAGCGCCUGAUGCACAGGGGCAGCCGGGAGGACGCAGACACCGCCCACCACACCCUAAGGGCACUCCGGAACACUCUGCAGCCAGAAGAAACACUUUCAACAAGCGACCCCCGGGUCAGUCCCCGUCUGUCACGAGCAAGUUUCCUUUUUGGCCAACUCCUUCAGUUUGUCAGCAGGUCCGAGAACAAGUACAAGCGGAUGAACAGCAAUGAGCGGGUCCGCAUCAUCUCCGGGAGCCCGCUGGGGAGCCUGGCCCGGUCCUCCCUAGACGCCACCAAGCUCUUGACAGAGAAGCAGGAAGAGCUGGACCCCGAGAACGAGCUCAGCAGGAACCUCAGCCUCAUCCCCUACAGCCUGGUGCGCGCCUUCCACUGCGAGCGCCGCCGGCCCGUCCUCUUCACGCCCACCAUGCUGGCCAAGACGCUGGUCCAGAAGCUGCUCAACUCGGGGGGUGCCAUGGAGUUCACCAUAUGCAAGUCAG